GGUGAUCUUUACAGUAUGUUCUAAUGGGAAACAGGCUUCAACACAAACGGUUGUUUUCUGCUUGGUCCUAGAGCUCAACCAGUGUCAAUUUAAUAUAGCGUAAUGUUGUUUUUGGAUGGUAAAAAGUGCAGGGGUCAAAACUUCACUUUGGAAAAAAUGGGGGGGACAUGUCCCCCCCAAAAAAAUUACGUCCAUGAUCAUUUGCCCCUACACCAACCACGAUUAGUCCCCAGCCAUAAAAACAUGGUGGUCAUCCUUCUGGUAAAAGAAGGUCAAAUAAUGUCUGACUGGACAGAAUAAUAAUAAAUGCAGUGGGUAGGGAAAGUAUUCAGACCCUGUCAUUUUUCAUUGCUUGUUAUAUUGCAGCCGUUUGCCAAAAUCAAUUCAACUUAUUUUUUAAUCAUCAACGUACACACAGCACCCAUGUUGACAGAAAAACACAGAAAUGUAGACAUUUUUGCAGAUUUAUUUUUAAAGGAAGGCUGAAAUAUCACAUAGACCUAAGUAUUCAGACCCUUUGCUGUGACACUUUUUAACUCAGGUGCUUUCCAUUUCUUCUGAUCAUCCUUGAGAUGGUCCUACACCUUCACUGGAGUCCAGCUGUGUUUGAUGAUACCGACUGGACUUGAUUAGGACAGCCGCACACCUGUCUGUAUAACACCUUACAGCUCACAAUGCAGGUCAGAGCAAAGGAGAAUCAUGAGGUCAAAGGAACUGCUGAAGAGCUCAGAGACAGAAUUGUGGCGGGGCACAGAUCUGACAAAAACAUCUCUGCUGCACUGAAGGUUCCUCAGAGCACAGUGGCCUCCAUAAUCCUUGAAUGGAAGACGUUUGGGACGACCAGAACCCUUCCUAGAGCAGGCCGCCUGGCCAAGCUGAGCAACCGAGGGAGAAGAGCCUUGGAGAGAGAGGUAAAGAAGAACCCAAAGAUCACUGUGGAUGAGCUCCAGAGAUGCAGUCAGGAGAUGAGAGGAAGUUGUCGAAAGUCAGCCAUCACUGCAGCCCUUCACCAGCUUUAUGGUGGAGUGUCCCGUCGGAAGCCUCUCCUCAGUGCAAGACAUAUGAAAGCCUGCAUGGAGUUUGCUAAAAGACACCUGAAGGACCCCGAGAUGGUGAGAAAUAAAGUUCUCUGGUCUGAUGAGACCAAGAUAGAACUUUUUGGCCUUAAUUCUAAGUGUGGAGAUAAACAGGCACUGCUCAUCACUUGUCCAAUAAAUUCCCCACAGUGGAACAUAGCGGUGGCAGCAUCAUGCUGUGGAGGUGUUUUUUACCUACAAGGACAGGACGACUGGUUGCCAUCAAGGGAACGACGAAUGCGGCCAAGAACAGGGAUAUCCUGGACAAGAACCUUCUCCAGAGUGCUCAGGACCUCAGACUGGGCUGAAGGUUUACCUUCCAACAUGACCUCCAUAUUUCUGGGAUGAACAUGAAACCAACAAGGAAGUGGCAAAUAUUGCAGUUCCACCCUCAUCCACUAGGGGCUGACACCAGAAGUGAGCAAAUCCUCAUUGACUCCCAUGUUAAAAAUACCAAUUUCACAGCAGAAAUAAACAUGUUUACAGCCUGGUACCAACCCCACUGUAGGUUUAACAGAUGUAGUUUACACUCAUGACAACUCUGAGGGGAGUGGUUUUUUUAACUUCUGUUUUAGUGUUUAAUGCCUAAAACUCAGAAUAAUUAACGAGCACCAGAGCGCGUGACUUCAGAGCUAGCUCCGGGGAAAGGGCUCGGCCUCACGUUGUUUGCCAUUUUGACUCUCUGAACUUUAGCUUGUCGUGUGUGUGUGUGUGUGUGUGUGUGUGUGUGUGUGUGUGUGUGUGUGUGUGUGUGUGUGUGUGUGUGUGUGUGUGUGUGUGUGUGUUAAUCACAGAAUUAGUUGGACAAAGAGGGCAAGCUGUUGUUAUUGGCUGCACUAACAGAUCAUCCAAGCAGUUUUUGCUUCUUUUUAUCAGUAAGUAAAAUAAUAUUUCUGUACUUUAUUUUGCUGGUUGAAUGGGGGAAAUACUGUGUCAUUUAACUGCUUGGUCAGACACGUUGGUGGGGUUGCAUAAAAAACUUGAGCAGAUGCCCAGCUUCUCCUGUCUCCUGCCUGAGAAUAGUUGUCGGAGCACGCCGCUGGCUCGGGGCAGCCCAGACGCACAAGGCUGUGGACAUGCCGGUCACUUGUGGAUCUCUGAGGGAGACCACAGAAACACCACAGCUCUUUUAGUUGACGCUGCUUCACUUUUGAGUCGCUCAACCACAUUUUUCUUGCUAAUAUUUUGCUGGUUGAAUUGGGGAAAAUUCUGUGUUUGCCAUAGCACUGCUUGGUCUAAGAUAGGUUGAAAUAAAUUGUAUUGGUGUUGUAUGGGUAAAAAAAAACUAGUGCUAAAUGUCUAUAUGUCUGAUCGAGGAUAGCGGAGGCUAUCGGGCUGUGCUUUUCCACUGCGUUCUAAAAUCUGAGUCCGCUGUUGUCAACGGUCCCGGUGAACCGUGACAUGGCUCUCAGCUCCAUGUUGACCAUAUGAACAAUGGGUUUCCAUAGGCUCCAAGAACAAGUUUUUGAGGAGAAAUGUGAGGUUCUGUCAAGCCCAGACAAUUCCAGAAAAGGGAAGAGAGGUGGAGCUGAGGGUGGUGCUGUAAGGCUGGGAACAAAUGACGACACCGGUCGAACUUGCUACAAGCUAACCUGAAGCUAACGCGGAGGUGGGAGCUAAGCUAAUGGAGGUAGCUACCUAGCUACAACCGGAGCUAACUCUGUGGAACACCAACGACCUGAAGCUCACACGGAGUUUGUUUGGAGGUUUGCGGCGCUUUUUCAUGAAAACUAUCUUUCUGUGAAUAAAAAAAGUAUUGAAUCGGUAAGUUUAAAAGUUAUUUCCUUAAUGAAAAUAUAUUUUGCUUUGAGCAAUUUUUCAAUAUUUUUAACGUAUCGUAUUUUCCGGACUAUAAGUCGCACCAGCCAUAAAGUGUAUAAUGAAGAAAAAAACAUAUAAGUCGCAUUUUGGGGGGAAAUUUUAUUAUUUUUCUUACAAAAUCUGAGACCAAGCAUUUCACAUUGCAAGACAAGCACCGGUAACAAUAACAGAAUAAACAACGCGGGCGCAGCAGCGCGCCACGGCCUCCAGCAGAGGAUGGCGGUGUUUGAAACCCUCCCAGCGGCACAGACGAGCUCAUUCCUGGGUCGGAGCCGGCCCGCAGCAGCGCACCACAGGCUGCAGCAGGUGAUGGCGGAGCAGAGGAGCUGACACCUGGGCCGGAUCCAGUGCGCAACGACGCGCAACUGUCUCCAGCAGGUGAUGGCUGAGUGUUUUUAAUUCCCAGCGGGGCAGGGGAACUCAUUCCUGGUACGGAGCCGGCUCGCAGCAGCAGCACGGUGUAGCCUACAUGAUUUGGUAUAUAAAUCGCUCCGGAGUAUAAGUCGCAGGACCAGCCAGACUAUGGAAAAAAGUGCGACUUAUAGUCCGGAAAAUAUGGUAGUUAUUAGUAUAUGAGAUAAAUUAUCAGGCUAAAUACAUUUCAUAUAUUUCUAAAACUUGAUUCUUGUUUGUAUCUUGUACAGCCAACUAGCCUUUAUUCUGGACUCAGUAAAAUUCACCAAAAGUAAAGAGACAUUAUACAGAUGAAUUAAGCACAAGAUAACUUAUUGGAAGAAACAAAAUUAUCAUGAGAACCAGAACAAGACAGCCUGAUAACAGUCAUGUGAAAAUAACAGUUAUAAAGUAUGUAUGUGUAAUAGAAAUAAAAAUAUAUUAGAAUCAGUGUAACUCACUGUGUUCCAAACAAUAAAUCAGCCAUAGCUGAUUAGCAAUCAUGAAAUGAGGUCUGGGAGUUUAAGUUUCAUUCUUUUAUUACAUUUUUUUUCUGAGAUCUGUUAAAAGGUCACCAUGGCAGCCUGUGUCUCCAACAUCAGCUACACAACGCAGCAAGUCCAUUUGGAUAAUUGGAGACAGCUACAUGAGGCGUGGUGCCCAGAGAGCUGCAGAGACCCUCAGAGACAACCUUGGCCUCCCUGACGUCCGUGUCUCCUGGUUCGGUUGGGGCGGACUGAGGUGGAAAGACCUUCUCCCCUUCUUUUUCCACUCCCUGCGAGGAAGAGCAGCUCCUGAUGUCCUUCUCAUCCACUGUGGCAGCAAUGACAUGGGGGUGGUCAGCAGUGUGAAGCUGGUCAACACGAUGGAGGACCUGCACCGGCUUCACCUUCUACACCCUCAUAUGAUGAUCAUCAUGUCAUCCAUCACCCAAAGGUGUAGCUGGAGGGCAGGUGUAAAACCUGCUAAAAUUGAGAAGGCCCGGAGGUUCGUCAACAGUGUUAUGGCUACUUUUCUUUCUUGCUUAAAUUGUGCUGUUGUUGUGCAUUCUCACAUCAGACAUGACAGUCCAGGGACAUUUUUGUCAGACAAAGUUCAUUUCACAAAUAGGGGAAAUUAUAUAUUUUUUAACUAAUAUUGCCGAUUGUCUUAAUGGCCAGCUCCAAAAGCAGUGAAAAACUUCCUGGUGGUGUCAUGAUCCGCCCCCAGCCUCCCUGAAUGUGUCUCUCCUGCCCUGAUUAGCCUAAUUGUUCUCACCUGUCCCUGAUUACUCUGCCCAUGUGUUCCUGAUUCCCUUGUGUAUUUAUACCUCCCUCCUGGUUGUUGUCUUGGUCGGUUCAUUCUGUCAUGUUCUGCGGGUGGAGGUGGCAGACCAUGUGUGGUGGUGGGUUCCGGAGGCAGAUGAGCAGGCAGACGGAUGUAAAAAAUAAAAAGCUGUUUAUUGUAGGACGGGAGCAACAGGACGAACGAACAUGGACAAGCGACAAUGAACUGACCAAGACAACAACCAGGAGGGAGGUAUAAAUACACAAGGGAAUCAGGAACACAUGGGCAGAGUAAUCAGGGACAGGUGAGAACAAUUAGGCUAAUCAGGGCAGGAGAGACACAGUCAGGGAGGCUGGGGAAGGAUCAUAACAGGAGGGAGUCUUGCUGCUUUUGAAUUUUGCCUUUAGAACUGGUUUAUUUUCAGGCAAACAGGAUAAACAUAUCCCUGACUGUUAUAGCUCAUGUGUUGUUGAUGUAAUUUAUCUAUAGCCAUAACACUGUUGACAACUCUGUUCUUACUUCACAACCUAAUGUUCCACUCACUCUGCAGCUGUCUGGGCCCCUUUAAUUAUUUUAAGUAUUUUUUAAAUGUACUGACACUUUGUGUCCUGUUGUUUUAUAAAAUCUAAUGUAAAAAAAUAAAUGUUUUUUCUCAAUUACUGGAAUUUCUUUGGUUUAGACAAAAAAGGAGGGAAGAAUCAUUCAUGCCAAGUUAUUUCUACAACAGGCCCAUUUUAAGUCCAACAGUUUCUUAGCAGCCAAUAGAAAUGUGUUCUUUACUAACUUUACUUGGUUUAAAAACCUUACUAAAGUAAACCUUAGAGGCUGCCAUAUUGUAAAACCCAAUCAUACUUGUUAUGUAUCCAAGUAAAUAUUAGUUUUGUAGAUAUUUGUGUGCUAAAAAAACCCAUGAACUUAAAUAAUUAGUCAUUCUUUAUUGAAAAACAACAAAAUACAGGUAUACAGAAGGUGUGGGAAAAUGAUAAUGUGAAAGUAUUGCUCUUUAAAUGUAAUACUAUUUAUCUUUAAAAAGAAAAACUCUAAAAAUGUCCUGUACAGCAAUAAAAAUGUCCUGUACAGCAACAUGACAGAAGAAUGGUGGUCUGUCUGUCAGAAUGUGCUGAACAGAUUUGCUCUAUCAAGAGGAGCCUUUUGUGUACGAGUUUAUGUUAUUGUAAUAUUGGUUUGGGUUAUGCAUUGCCACAUUAGCAUGUAAAUGCUGAACGAAUCUGGAAUAAAGAGGGUUGAUAGAGGACAAACAAGUAAAUAAGAGAGAAAAAUAAAAACAACUAUGAAACCAACAUAAAAAACAGCAACCACCUGCAGCACAUGUAAAGAAACAUUUCUAAGAAUCAUCAAGAAAACGUGGGAUGAACAACUAUAAACAUGUAAACCAUGAACAACAAACAUCAACAAGCUUGUGUUCGUGCUUGUACUGGGAUGUGAAGUGUUAGACCUCCAAGGAUCAGUGCACUCUGGAACCGCCCCAGGCACCAGGAAACCAGCAGCCACCACAGAGCACAGAACCAACUCAGACCACCUCCCAGACAGUCGAACACCUUGAUACAGAUAACUCAGCAAGGCCACAUCCAGAACCGGGCUGACACAGGUCAUGGGCCACAGGACACAGGAAUCACACAGCAA